CGUUAUGAUGCGUCGUAACCGGUUUGGCCACGCCCCAUCUUUACUCUACUUACAAAGAAGAAGAACGCGUAGCGCUGUCUUUGCCUCUCAGACCUACGAUGGACAAGGUCUUUGUUUGAAAAUAAAUUUAUUUUAAUUACAAUUGUCCAGGCCCACCAUUUAAAUCCUCAAGGCAAAUAUGCUGUCACAGAAACGAACUCCAAACUACGGAACCAGCUUAGUCCAGACCUUUUGGUUUCACAGCCCUCAAAAUGGAGGCGAAGAGCGAAACAUGGACUUCCACUCCGAAGGUUCACACACCACGACAGAGGGGGCCUUGCCUCUAAUGGCGACGUUCAAAAGCGGAGACGAACGUAAACCAAGACCCACGGAACUAGGAAGGGGCAGGCUGGUGAACAAAUCGCAAGACGACCAAGAAGGAGACGGUUCGCUGCCUUGCACUCCGGAACUCCAGUCCGAAGUAGACACGGACAGCCAGGCGGGGGAAGAAGUGUUGGAUAACGACACCAAGCGAGUCAUUCGCACUUUUCUCAGAGACUAUGCAGGGGCAUCAAAAGCUAAAAGGACAAGACAAGACGAGGUUCAAGUGACUAUGAGAAGAGUUGUAGACGGCGUGCUUGAAAAACACCAAUACGCAUACAAGGGUAUGAUCCAGAAAUUGGAAUUGGACGGCCGAGGGGAAGACAUGAGUUUUGUCACGUCUGUGGCCAAGAGUCUCUUCGCAGACAGCACAACAAACUGGGGGCGUAUCGCCAGCCUGGUGGCCUUCGGAGCAGCGUUGUGUCAGUACCUAGAGGCCAGGGGUAAAGAAGGCUGCGUGUCGCUGGUGGCCGAGGAGAUUUCCUCAUACCUCCUUUCAGACCAACGGGAAUGGUUGGUCAAAAACAACUCAUGGGAGGGCUUCGUAGAGUUUUUUCGAGUGUCAGACCCUGAGACGACAGUGAGAAAUACACUCAUGGCCUUUGCUGGAUUUGCUGGUAUUGGUGCAACAAUUGCCCUACUAAUCAGGUCAGAGGGCCAAGUCUCCAGGGAGAAGAACAGAAAUUUACCCCAACAGACGUAAUUAACUGGAACUGACGAGAUGUUGGCCCACUUCCUUCCCGGUUAUGGAAAUACUAUGGGUUAGAUCUGCAUUUAGAAAAAGAGCCAGCACAGAAAGCCCCCUGUGGCUGGCUUCUGUGCUACAAAUGUGUUGACUGGGGGAGAAUGACCAAAAACCGGAAUAAAUGCAGAUUUUUACCUUUUUGUUUGUAAACGCUGAGGGCCCGCACACCUGUAGUAUCUAGCUGAUGCAGAAAUUUUAUUUAAACAUUCCAGUCACUUGUAUAGCUUGCACCAUUGACAAAUGUUUGUCAAUAAAACUAUAAAUGUUGCCUAGUCUGGCCUUUUAUACGUUCUACUUUGACACAGUGAUGCAUUACAGUGACCUUAACCCUAUGUCAGAUUCUGUUGAAAUUGUGGUAUUUCGAAGAAGUUGUGCAGCUAUUUCCGCGAAGUCAGACAACACCCACAGCAUCACUUCAACCACAUGCAUUUUUUUGGGGGCAUUUUGCAAAACGGCAGCUUACUUCAACUUGCAUUUCAACUAGAGGAUGCACAAUGCUGUUGCUCAACCUGCCCAAGCUAUACGAUUGGGGAAAUGGGGUGACAAGCAUUCAUAACAUCCGCCCAAAUGUUUUUAAUAUUACUUCACGAUUUGUUUUACCUUUCUGUUUGGUGAAACAAAAUAGAUGCAAGACUGGGUGCAGCUGCUGGCAGGGCCAAUGCCAAGCAGAUAUAAAGGGUGUAAAAAUCGGUUUAAGAAUGGGCCCAGCUGUUGGGUUGCUAAAAGUAAUUGCUGGCAGAAGAAAUGCAACCAAAGCACAAGUCUUCAUUUGACUAUUGGCUGGCGUAAAUGACGUAUCCUGCAGUAUUGCCUUUGCUGGCAUAUACAGGCUUCCCUUCCUUCUGUCAGCCAACAUAAUAUAAUCAAGUGUCUAUUUGUAUAUUAAGAUAUUUUUUUAUUUUGGCCGUGGUUAACUUUGGGGCGUUUACAAAGAAAAGGUCAUACAUGGAGAAGUUCUUGAGAGUUGAUGAUAAGGGUACAGCUGGACAUAUGUUGUGGUGUUGAUGCAGACAUAUGGCGCUCUCACCAUGUGUCUGGCACUGAUAGUGUAUGGGGAGAUUAGUUGUUGCGGUCACCCAAAAAGCCUCGGACCAGUGAAGUUGCAAGUGUAAACACUAGAGGGUCAGAUGAAGGCCUCAGCCUAGAGGUGCUUGACUCAUGUCAACUUUUAUGUUAUACUUAGGUGUGUGAUUGGUAGGGGUGGAACAGAUCCUCAAGCUGGUUAUAGCGCCCCUUGGCUUCCCAUGAGGCUUCCUGUAUGCCUGAGUGCCCUUCAGAUGACUAAUGUUAAUCAAUAAAUUCAAGCUUGUUCUACUGCAAUUGUGCUCAAUGAGAACUGAUUGCCUCCUGCAAUGCAUUACAUUUUCUCUAACUUAAUUAUUAACUACAUUUGCUUUGCCUGGCACCCAUCAGUAGACUUCUAUCAGUGUGUGUUUGUGUAUCCAUAUCCUUGUUUGUUCAGAUCCUCCUCCUGUUGUCUUGGGUUACAUGACAAACAUGCUCUCGCAGAGGUCUUGGGAGGAAACUGAGUAUAGCGUCUCCAUGGAGACAUCCCACACUAGGUCCCCUCUAAUCUUCUACAGCUAAUGAUGUUAGCCUGCACCUUGGUUACCAGUGCACAUGUGCAUUGUGAAGAAUGGACUGGCUACACAAUGGGGAAAAGGUAGCUCAGGCAAUCUCAGAGCAGAUUGCAGCAUACACUAGUGGGUUUGGUCUCCAGAAAACGACUUGGGGAGUGAUGUUGCGCGGACACAGCAAGCAUAGCAAUUCUCAGUGGCCUUGAUAUUAGAGACUUGCUAAUUAUGCAGAUGUAUUAUUUAAACCUAUGUCCAUACAUUAUUAUUAGCUAUGCUUAUGCAUGCAGGGAAUGGCAGGGCGGAAGGGGAUACGAUUACGAUCAAAUUAUUUUUUUCAGGUAUUGCAAUGAAAGGUACAGCAUAGCUGGUGCAUGGCAAUAGGCACAUUCAUGCAUUAGAGGUUGACUCAAUUCCAACAAUAGUCUAUUGUGUUUUACUAAUCGUGAACUGUUUAUUUCCCCUCACGAGUAUACAAUGGUAUUAAAGUCCAUCAAUAGCUAAGCCAUUUAAAAUAGGGUUUGAGAUUUCUGUACUUGGUUUCUCUCGGGUAUAAUGCCCUGCCACGACUGCAACAAGGAAGUCUAUUAUCGUAUUUCAAGCAAUGCGGAACCAGACGGCAAAGAAGGAAGUUUUCCACCCCCCAAAAAACCUAUUGAAAUUGGUUUAACUCACUUCCUAAACUUUGUAGAAAAAAUACUUUAGGAAAAAAAGUGUCAGCUCAAACUUUUAGCCUUGGACCAUACGCCCGCCCUAGCAUUCUCAUUGGUGAAAAGCGUCACACUUCCUCAUAGCAACAACCAUUAAAAAAAACAACGUUUCGGGGAAGUCAGCUGAUCUGAGUUUAUCUUACCACACAUGUCCCUCUGGCUCUUUUACUUGUUUUCUCCUUCAAUACUUGGAAUAUGUAUUCAGCAGUAACUGAAGUUUUACUUACAAGGGAAACUAGUCAAAAGUCAUUGAGCAUUUUACUAGGUGUGUCAGCCAGAAACCGCCCCCUCGACCAGGCAUGUGAACAGCCAAGUGCAACGCAUUUCAGUCAGGGCGUGGUUGACAAAGAGCAUAUAUGCUCAGUAAACCUCCCCAGGUUAAGAAAAGCAUGACAUAAAACAAGUUGGAGCUCAUAGAGCAGCCACACAUCACCACCUGAGACUGUACUCUGAUCCUUGAGGUGUGGGAAUUGGUCAGAGAUCACUCUUAAUCCACUGGGCGAUGUGUCAGUGCUGUCUGUUUAGUUGUGUCAUUAUCCAUCUUUAAAAAGUCGUAUUCUGGGACAGAUGACUCGAGUGCAAUACAUUUGCACACAUCAACACUGACAUAUGACCCAAGUGAGGUAAAUAUAGAAACGUCACAAACAACCUUUCUGUUAGGCCUGCUCAAACAGGGUUUUUCAUUUAUUACAUAUUUCCUCUUUUUUCAUCCGUCUUCCUUGUUUGGUUUAAACUCUCCUGUUCCUUAUUCUUGGUAAAGGCAAGCGAGAGAGCCUGGUUCCUAAAAUGGGCAGCCGCCUAUUAAGGGUCCUUAUAUGGACUUCCUUCCUGAAAGGGGUGUAGACAUUCCCGGCAGCAGCAUUCCAAAGCUUUUUUUAUGAGACCAGUUUGUCCUAAACUGGAACAAACAGGAAAUGGUUAUGCAUACUUGUGGCAUUACUUUAUGUAAGCUAAAUAACUUUUUUUUUUGUAGAUCUUGGUCAUCCUCUUUAGCAAUCAAACCAACUCCUGUGUAAUAGUGAGCACUGUGAAGGGAAUGGGUAGAUCCUGUGCAUAGAUCUUUCUCUUAUCGUGAAUACCGUUAACCUUUUAUUCUGUAAUAUUUUCUUGCAGUUCUUAAAGCAGGAUUGAUCAAGGAUUUUUCCCCAAAAUACAAAAAGUCUGGGAAUUUUUCAUGCAUUGUUUACAUUGAUCAUCUUGGUCUUAUCUUUUGUAUUGGUUACAUUGAUCAAUCUUAGCCUUACUACAUGUCUUGGUUACAUUGAUCAUCUUGACCUAUUCUUAUGUAUUAGUAACACUGAUCUCAUUAUCAUCUGCAGGAUCCCCUUUAUUCUUCUACUAAUCGGUUAGUCAAAGAAAUGGGUGUAUAAGGAGCUUUUAAAGCUGAACCUCAAUACAAAAGCUAACAACAGAAUAAUAACAUGAAAUUAAAAGAGUUUCAAUCAACAAUAUUCCCAGAAUCAGAGAGAGGCAAUUGAAAAGUAGUUUCAAACUAAAUAUACAGGAAAGGUAAACUGAAGCACUGUAUAAAUACGAGUAUCAGUGGGUCACUUUCGGUCAUAGCUGUUUACCCUCCCAGCAAUUUGGAAAUGGCCAUGUUUAGUUAAAUCCAAACAGGGCUAGGUUAUUCAUAACCUCCUCCUUGGCCCAUAUGUUUCAGGCUCUUCAGAAACUCAGGUUUUUCAGAAAUGUUCUUCAGAAAAUUGUCAAAAUCCCAUUUCCCUCUACAAGAUGAACCUGUAUGAUCCUAUGCCACAAGCUUAAUCACCAUGGUCCUCCACCAUGUUAUGGGUAGCCAUGUACUCAUAGCGGCUGGAGGUAUCUGUUUCCAUUGACUCAUGGUGUGGAGAGGUCAAAGGAUUGGACAGGCCUGGGCUUGUUCGACCCAAAUCCACUGAAGGUGUGAUGUUGCUUCUGGAAUCGGCUGUCAGGUGUGCAAAGUAGGUUAAAUGGCCACAAGUUUACCUUUCAACCCCCCGGACCUCCCGAACUGUGUUCGGCUUUCACUAAACCGCAAUUCUUCUAUUCCCAUAGUAACAGGUUUUGUUGAUGUCUGGGCGGCAGACACAUUUUUCGUGGGUAGAUUAUAGGGGCCAUUGGACCAAAUGGAAUGUUUUACCAAGUCCUGCUCAUGGUCAGCGCAUGUGGUCAUGUGGAGAAGCUUAUCAUGUGGUCAUCACACAGUUCAUGUGACCGCUCACAUUUUAGCAAUACAUGGGACCCGUGGUGUUUAGUCACUUUCUGAAUGGCACCUUUUCAGCCUCUGGUCACCUGCCUGAGAUAUCCCUAGACUAAAAUCUCCAAUGCUAAACAUUUUGAGUUUUUGCUGGAGUGAAUAUGUGCCAACACUUUAGGGGACAUUUUUGUCUGUGAUUGCAUCUUGUCUGCGUUUGGACUUUUAAUGUAUUUAAACCUACCAAUCACAUGACAGAAUCCCAAUGCCACCAUCCUGUGUAGUCUACAGUCAACAGAGACUGUUGACGGUUCAACUUGAUGUUGUUAACGUGACCUAAUCAGUGUUCCAUGAGAAUGUCAAAAAGAAAAGGCUGUGGGAAAGAGUUGUUUUCAUUCCGAACUGUGGUCGAUCUAUGACCCCUUACCUCUCUAUUCCGCACAUUGUCAUGGGUCAAACAAGAUCACACAAAAAACAUACUGCUGGAACGUUUUUAUUACGACUUUGAGCUGAUAAAAGCGAGUCAAUAUUUAAUCUUGAUAUUCAGUACUAUAGUAAUAUGUAUACUACUAUAUAUACAUACUAUUAGACACAUAACUAAAACGUGGGUGUGUGUCAUAAGGGAAAAUUACUUCUCACGGUCUUGGUCUGGCUUUAUCUGAUCAAAAUGUUAUGGGAAAAAACAUGGCGCAUUCUCUUGGGUUGUUGUGGGUGACUGAGUGUGUCAUGUCUGAAUAAGAAAAAGAGAAAAAGUCCUGAACUUAUAAAGUUCACCUUUUGUGGAGUGUACAGUUCACUAGACAUUAUGUCAUUGUGCACAAAUUCAAGCUGACCAUUUGUGCAAUACUAGAAUGAUUUAGUGCCCUUGAAACAGUCAGAUUUGGUGAGAUCAAGGAUAACAGAGUACUUCAAAAGGGACGGAGCUUUACAGUUCUAACACUCAAAAGUGGCCUGCCUCCUUGAACUAGGCCAUCCAUUUCCUUUGAAAAAGUAUUUUGUUUGUAGGCUUUAUAGAAACUUAAUACAUAAAAUACUGCAGGGUAGCCCUGAAAUUACUCUAUAAACAAAGUGGAGAGACAUUGUCUCAUCGUAGCAGUCUGCCUACUGGUUAUUUUACAUUUCCUACAUCGUGUGGAAGAUAUCAAUUAUCCAAAGUAGUGAAAAUAUGGCCCACAACGGGUACUGCACAAAGAGGCCAUCACUAGCUGAUGAAUCCGGAAAGUGACCUGAACAUGAACAAACCCUUAUCCAUCAUGUAGAGGGGUGGGGAGCUUGGUGGGCAGAUGUAGAUUAGAUGACUGUAUCAUAAAAACCGCACAGUGAAUCAUUGCACACCCGUGUAAUUAACAUGUAUAACCCAAAAUAAGUUGAAGAAACAAUGAUGGGAAAUUCCAAUUACAUUACUCAAAAAUAUAGUGCUAGCCCUGAUAUCACGAUACCAGAGGCUUUGUCGCCCUUCGUGCAUACGAAUCGGGACUGGAAUCAUGAGUCAAAAGAAUGAAGGAGACUGUGGUUAGUCAAACCCACUCAUCACACAUUCAACAGUGUCUCUGUGUAAUGUGCUUUUCGCCACCCUUCCCCGCCCCCCCCCCCCCGUAUGUGGGGGGGGGGAAUUGUGUCUGAAGAAAUUGUAUUUUGUCUGAGCACCGUUUGCAAUUAUUCCUAAAUGGAAGAGGCUACUAAGAUACAGGCUUGGUUUGAGUGGCCUUCAACUAAAUGCUUGUACGUUUCUCUGAUACAAUAGGACGAGAAGGAACGGCAAUUUUUUGUCUUGGAUGACAUACGCUGUGCAGUGAACACUAAGCGGUAUUAUAUAAAUUGGUGGAUCGAUGCAGUACUUGGGGAAAUCCAAUUCCACUUCAGUUUUUAAUACUAUAGGCUAUUAAGCUAGACUAGUUGUUAGGCAGAUAUUUAGAAUUGGCAGUUUGUGUGUUCUUUCUGAAACUCAGUUCAGCCGACUAACUAAUGCCGCUUUUCCACUGCAUGGUACCAGCUCGACACGACUCGACUCGACUCGACUCAGCUCGCCUUUUUUGCGUUUCCACCGCGAUCUAGUACCUCAAGUGGCUGCUUUUUCUAGUACCGCCUCGCUCUAGGUUCCAAGCGGCUGAGCCGAUGCUAAAAGGUGACGUCGGCAGACGGCCGGCCACUGAUUGGCCAGAGAGUGUGACGAAGUCACGAGAGCGACAUGGCAACCAUGCUGGUAACGAUAGAACAGCCAUAGUAGCGCCGC